AUGAAGAGCUCAACAGUACGUGGAGCGAGGGCUCGACAGGAUGUGGAGGAAAGGCAGGACAUGGAGGAGAGGGCAUGGAAGGAUGUGGAGAAGAGGGCACAGCAGGACGUGGAGGAGAUGGCACGGCAGGACGCGGAGGAGAAUGCACGGCAGGACAUGGAGGAGAGGGCACGGCAGGACAUGGAGGAGAGGGCAUGGCAGGACGUGGAGGUGAGGGCAUGGCAGGAAGAUGAUAUGGCACAAAAUCAUCAUGACCACAGAAAGAAGAAAGUUGACACUUUUUCAGAUGAUCCUUCUUACCUUCAUGCGUAUGAGGUUGGAUCUGCCAAUCCUGCACAUCACCCAUCUAUUCAGUGUGCACCGAGCAACUAUAUAGCUCUUGUAACUUCCUUCCAGUUCGUUACAGAACAACUCACCACAUCAAUUUAUCUAGCGGCAUACUUCAGGCAACUGAUACAGGCGGACCUAUCUAUAGAUAAGUACUCUCAUUUCUUCUACACCAUUGCUGCCCACACUGGAUUUGAUGAUGCCACCCUAAAAUCCAUAUACAGAAUCGGACUCACAACAUGCCAGUGGAAGGAAUUGCCGGAGAGCGGAGAUUACACGUGGGAGGAAUUUGUGAGGCUAGUAUUAGAAACAUUCGCUUCAGAGGAUCCUCCUCUCUCAAUCCCGAUCCAGGCUUCCACGCCUGAGUCCGCUCCACGCCAUUUCACAGUCAUUUCUAUGUCUGCUCCAUGCUAUGUCACAGCCACAUCUGAGUCUACUCCAAGCCAAGUCACAGCCAUGCCACUGUCUGCUCCAUACCCUGUCGCAGUUAUGCCACAGUCGGCUCCACGCCACAUCACAGACACGCCUGAUUCUGCUCCACGUCACUUGUUGAUUGUGUUUCACUCCAGUACAGCAGGAGGCGCUAUGAAGCUCUUUAGUGUGCCGGUAAACCCAAGAAAGAAAGAAGAGCUCACAGCUCGAACACACAGCCGGUGUGUUUUUAUAGUUCAGAUGUUUAAGAUGAGUUUGCAGGUGGACUUGAUGUGUUGUAAAUCAGUAGGAACUGAUCUGUCCAUGCUGGAUAUCGAUGAUUUGAUGACAGAAAUCUCUCAGCUGAAGAAAGAGGUGGCGUUACUGGAGGCAAAGCUGAGAGAAAGAGAGGUUUGUACAGGUCCAACACUGAGUCAGACAGCCGUUCAAAAUAUAAAUCAGUGUGAUUGUGUUUGUCAGGUUUCAGAUCAGAGAUCCAAAGACACACAGGACUCCGAGCUCAGCCUCACUUUACUCUGUUAUACUGACUCUCAGGAGAGUGUGUGUGACAGUAAUCAGGGUGAUCAAACCCCCACAGAGUCUCUGGCUUCUGUCUGUAACACUGCUGGAGAACAGCAGAUGCUCAAGAUACCAUUGAAGAUGUGUUCAGUGAAGCUGAUGGACUGCAGGAACCUCAUGAAGAUUAAACGAGAACCCACAGCACAGGAACAACACACUGAUGAAGAUGAUGAUGAUUUUAAAACCACAGCACAGGAACAACACACUGAUGAUGAUGAAACCACAUUACACAAACACAAUGAUGAUGAUGAUGAUGAUCAUGAAACCACAUUACACAAACACACUGAUGAUGAUGAUGAUGAUGAUUUUAAAACUACAGCAGUGGAACAACAUAUGAGUGAUGAAGUUGAUUUUAUUUCUUCAGAUACAAACAGUGGUCCAUCUGAUGGAGAAACAGCUUCUACAUCAAAACAGCAUCUUUCCUGCAAAAUUUGUGAGCGGACAUUCACUACAAAAGGACGUUUAGUCAGACAUGAGAGAAGACACAAAGAGCAGAAAGUCUUCAAAUGUAAGAGAUGUGAGAGCAGCUUUUCUACCUUCAAAGAGAGGAACCGUCAUUCAGCAGUGCACAAAGUAAAGCAGGAGAUCCCCUGUGAGCAGUGUGGGAAGGUUUUCCUUACAACUUCUAAUCUGAAAGUUCACAUGAAGUCACACAGUGAGGAAAAGCCUUUCAGCUGCAGUGAGUGUGACAAGUGUUUUAGAACUAAAGGAAAUCUUGAUAUUCAUAAGAGAAUACACACGGGGGAGAAACCGUACAAGUGUCCUCACUGUGAGAAGAGAUUCUCCCACAAGUAUCAUAUGACAUCACAUGUCCGUUUGCACACCAAUGAGAGGCCGUAUCAGUGCAAAGAAUGUGACAAAACCUUUAAACAAUUAUUUUGUCUAAAGACACAUCAGAAAAUCCACUCUGGGGAGAAACCCUAUCAAUGCUCACACUGUGAUCGACGUUUCCGUCAGAAAUCUGAUCUGAAACGUCAUGAAAGUAGACAAUCUGGGGAGAAACCCUUUCAAUGCUCACUCUGUGACAAGCGUUACCAUCUUGAGUCUGACAUGAAAUAUCAUGAAAAAAGACACUAUGGAGAGAAACGUUACCUCUGCUCUUACUGUGGGAAGAGAUUUUAUGUACCAUCUGAAUUAAUAGUUCAUCAGAGAGUGCAUACGGAGGAAAAGCUGUAUCACUGUAGCGUUUGUGGGAAGAGUUUCAAUCAAAAUGUUCUCUUACUAAAGCACAAGAGAACACAUAGUGGAGAAAGACCUUUCAAAUGCAUUCAGUGUGACAAGACGUUUACCCGAUCAGAUAACCUGAAAACCCACCAGAGAGUGCAUACAGGAGAGAAACCUUACAGCUGCUCCAUCUGCAGGAAAUCAUUUGUUUUUUCAGCUAGUUUAUAUACUCAUCAGAAGACACACGCUAGAGAUCAAACUGCCCUGAAAUCAUCCUAGUGUUUUCAGGCAUCAACAUUAAAUCGCAAUUACAUUAUCGAAGGCAAUUUUUGUCAUAAUCAUGCAGCCCUAAAGUUAACUCCCAAAAAACUGAUCAGAAGUCAAAUAAUUUUUAUUUGGAUGGCACUGUUCACAAUGCACACAUUGUUUCAAAGCGUCUUUAUUGGAACAUCAUACUGUAAUGUCUUAAAUCCUCCAGCUCUAUAGAGAAUCAUGCUUUAAUGUCUUAAUUUUUACUGCCCCAGUGAGCAAGCCAAAGGUGACUGUGGUGAAGAAAAAUACUCAAACUCUCCAUGCUACUGGAGAGAGAAAAACCCCUGCAAAAAAUCUAGACUGAGCUGGUGGAGCUAGUUCCCCUCUUGUCUAUUCAGCAUGAACAUAAUGGCAAUUAAUUAGCCAUGUCUAAUUCCAGUCAUGUAUUAAGUAUAAAGCAAUGCAAAAUGGUGCAGGUGAGCAUCAUUGUUCACCAUGUUCCCUUACCUGAAAUGUCAUAAUUUUUUCUGAAGUCUCUUAGAUCGUUAAAGGAUGAGUGCAUGUGUAUAUUAACAAACUCAAAAACGUAUUUUAUCUUUAAAGUGAUGAAAGAGAAACAACCAUUUAAAUGUCAGAAAUAACUUUUAUAUGACAAAAUUAUUGUAGUUAUUAAGCAUUUCUUAGGAUGGAUAUGGUCUGGAUGUAAUGUAUUUUUGCAUCCAUUUAAGGAAUACAAUUAUUUAUGUGAAGCACUGUCCUUUUCUCCUUUCUUUGUUUCCUAAUGUUUGUUUCCAAGUCCUAGGGAAUUUUAUGUUCAUUCACCUUGGCAAUUAUCAAACCGCUAAUUAAGAAGCCACAACUUAAUCCUGGAGAACUUGCUAAUUAUAGACCGAUUUCAAAUCUCUCGUUUAUGUCAAAAAUACUAGAAAAGGUAGUAUCCUCCCAAAUAUGUUAAUUUCUACAGAGAAAUAGUAUAUAUAUGAAGAAUUUCAAUCAGGAUUUAGGCCUCAUCAAAGUACAGAGACUGCACUUAUCAGAGUUACAAAUGACUUGCUCUUAUCAUCUGAUCGCGGCUGCAUUUCUCUUCUAGUGCUUUUAGAUCUUAGUGCUGCAUUCGACACGAUAGAUCACGACAUUCUCUUGAAUAGGCUGGAGAAUUAUGUUGGAAUUUGUGGAGUGGCAUUAGCAUGGUUUAGGUCAUAUUUAGCAGACUGCUACCACUUUGUCUAUGUAAAUGAGGAAUUGUCAAACCAAACAAAAGUAAAAUAUGGAGUACCACAGGGAUCAGUUUUAGGGCCUCUGCUUUGCGCCAUGUAUAUGCUUCACCUGGGAGAUAUUAUCAGGAAUCGUGGAAUAAGUUUCCACUGCUAUGCUGACGAUACACAACUUUAUAUUUCUUCAAAACCUGAUGAGAUUUCACAAUUCUCAAAGUUAGCAGAGUGUAUCAAUGAAAUAAAAGAUUGGAUGGCCAGAAAUUUCCUUCUACUCAAUUCUGACAAAACAGAGGUUCUAGUUAUUGGACCAAAAAACUCUAAAAAUAAGCCACUAAAAUAUAAUUUGACUCUAGAUGGAUGUACUGUUACAACAUCUUCAACAGCGAAGAACUUAGGUGUUAUAUUUGAUACCAAUCUGUCCUUUGAAAAUCAAAUUACAAAUGUUUGUAAAACAGCAUUCUUCCACCUAAGAAAUAUAGCUAAAUUAAGGCAUAUGCUCUCGGUUGCUGAUGCCGAAAAACUAAUUCAUGCGUUCAUGACCUCAAGACUAGAUUAUUGUAAUGCAUUACUGGGAGGAUGUCCAGCAAGAUCAAUAAAUAAACUCAAAAUGCAGCAGCCAGAAUGCUGACGAGAACCAAGAAAUAUGAUCAUAUUAGCCCCAUUUUAUCAUCGCUACAUUGGCUACCCGUUAAAUUCCGUAUUGAUUUUAAAAUUCUGUUAACUACGUACAAAGCUUUGAAUGGUCUAGCUCCGCAGUACUUAAGUGAUCUUCUACCACGCUAUAUUCCAUCACGUUCAUUACGAUCACAAAAUUCUGGCCUAUUAAUAGUUCCUAGAAUAUCAAAAUCCACUAAAAGAGGAAGAUCAUUUUCAUAUUUGGCUCCUAAACUAUGGAAUAGUCUCCCAAACACUGUUCGAGAUGCAGACACACUCUCUCAGUUUAAGUCUAGACUAAAGACUCAUCUAUUUAGCCAGGCAUACACCUAAUUUAUCCUCCAACCCACAAUUAGGCUGCUUUAGUUGGGUCUGCCGGAACCAGAAACCAGAAACAUUGAGCAUGAUCUCUAUCUCUGCAAUAAAUUGAAUGGCAUCUACGCUUACAUCUUUUUAUUUGUUUCCCUGUCUCAACCUCGGGACUCCUAUCCUGAGGUCACCAGAACCGGCUGGAUCCAGCACAAUUCCUGCUUCAUGUUGGACUCCACUGCUACAUGUCGCAGAACGAUGAUAACUAAAUGCAGCCGGUGCCAGCCAAACAUCACUUCAAUCUAUUAUGACGGACUUCAGAGGAUGAAAUGAUGCCAACUCCAACCUGCAUCACCUCGGUCUAUUUAUGGACUACGAUCUUGAAAUGAAAUGCUUAGACUAACUAUUGCCAACAAAAGCCUUCAUCAGCCAAUUAACAAGGACAAUUGCAUCUAUGUGAACUUCUGCAAUUAAUCAAGAUGGACUUCAAAGACUGUGGUCAUUAAUCUUACAGUUCAAACACAAUCGAUAUUUAAUCACUGACCCUUAACACUUUUUUAAACCAUGAUUUUACCUAUACAUAAUUAAUAUUUACAUUACAUUCAUAAUGUUAGCCAGAGGGGAACUGGCCCCCACAGUGAGUCUGGUUUCUCCCAAGGUUAUUUUUCUCCAUUAAUCUACAUCUUAUGGAGUUUUGUGUUCCUUGCCACAGUCGCCUACAGCUUGCUCACUGGGGUUAUUAAUACAAUUAUCAUUUAAUUAUUUUUAAACACUAUUAAAAAUCGUAUUUUGUCUAGAUUACACAAUGAUGAUUAAUCGACUUUAUAGACAUUACAGUUUUAUCGUCUGUUAAUGCUGAUAUUCUGUAAAGCUGCUUUGAAACGAUGUGUGUUGUGAAAGGCGCUAUACAAAUAAAAUUUAC